AAAAUUUGCGAAGGGAACGGAAAUAAUAACAAUUAAAAAUCAUAAUCAAAAAAAGCUUUUACGAUAACCAUAGUCUGUUUUUACGAGUUAUUAAAGGGUUUUUAAAAAUUUAUCAGCCAGAACUUCAAUCAUCACCGUAGCAUAAAAUAAACUAUAUAUAAAUGUUGCAAAUUAUGCGAAUGUAUAAUAACUUUUGGCCUGCAGUGGGCGCAGUAGAUGCGAAACCUUGGCGUUUGGAUUUAAAACAACAUUUCUGUUGUAAUUCCACUAUAAAACGCGAGUGCUCAUACCAAAAUGGCUGUUUUACAGAUCGCGUUUUCAUUUAUUCACGAAUUAUUUGUAGUGGGAUUCGUUGGUUUCCUUUUAAUUUAUGUGUGGUUCAAAUAUAAGUAUACGUACUGGACGAGAAAAGGGGUGACGGGGCCAAAGCCCUCUUUUCCUUUCGGAAAUUUCAAUGGAGUUAUCAGAAGAAAGAAACAGUUCUUUCAACCGUUUUGUGACGCCUAUUUUGAAUAUAAAAAGUUGCCGUAUGUGGGCCUUUAUUCGUUUAAUGUGCCAGUUCUCAGUAUCAACGAUCCUGAUUUGGUGAAGCAAAUUCUUGUGAAAGACUUUGAUAGUUUUCUGUCACAUGGAAUGUCUCCUAAGCCAAACGAUGGAGAUCCCCUAGGAGGACAUUUGUUUAAUCUCUAUGGAUCACAGUGGAAAGCGCUGCGAGCAAAGCUGUCACCGAUGUUUACGACAGGCAAAUUGAAGACGUUCUUCCCAUUAAUCAACAAAGUAGCAGGAGAGGCAUUGGAGUACAGUGAUGUGAUAUAUGAAAAAGGAUUAUCAUUAAAUUUUUCCGAAUUUUAUGCAAAGUACUCUAUGGAAAUCAUCGGCAGUAUCGGUUUUGGAAUUGAAAACGAUGGAUUCAAAAAGGAAACUGAGUUUUUUAAAUUUGGACAUGAAUACUUUCAGCCAAGCUCAGUUUAUUGGACUCUUACACGAGCUAUUUCCUAUUUUACGCCUGGCAUUUUGGAAAAACUACAGCUUAACAGAACCAAUCCAGAAAUCAAUCAGUUCUUUUACGAUCUUGUAAGAGAUACAGUUAAUUAUCGGGAGAAUAAUAAGUACAGCCGCAAUGAUUUCAUACAGGCGCUUAUUGAUUUACAAAAGAGCGAAAAAGCAAGUGAAAAUAAGGGAUUUAAGUUUACGUUUACUGAUGUCGCGGCAAACGCGAUGUUGUACAUGUUCGCUGGCUACGAUACAUCAGCGACAACGGGAAUGUUUAUGGCCUACGAAUUGGCGCGUAAUCCCGAAAUUCAGACCAAAGUUAGGGAAGAAAUAAAGUGUGUCCUCGCGAAAUACAACGGAGAAAUCACAUUCGAAGCGCAAAAUGACCUUACUUAUAUGAAUAUGGUUAUUGAUGAAACAUUGCGAAAGUAUCCGCCACUACGUGCAUUGUUCCGAAGGUGCAACAAAGACUUCAAAAUGCCCGACAGCGAUUUAGUUAUAGAAAAUGGGACUCUAGUAUUCAUACCAAUACAGGCGAUACAUAUGGACCCAGAUAUUUUUGAGGAUCCGGAGAGAUUUAACCCAGAACGAUUUACUCCUGAAAGAAAAGCUAAAAUGCAUCCGUGUCAUUGGAUGCCGUUUGGAGAAGGCCCUCGCAAAUGCCUAGGAUUACGCCAAGGGUACAUUCAAACUAAGGUUGGUCUAAUAAAGCUAUUGACUAACUAUGAAUUAUGUUUGGACAAAAGAACUAUAACUCCUAUAGAAGUUAAAGUAGCUUCCAUGUCUACAGCAGCCAAAGGAGAUAUUUGGAUUAAGUUAAGAAAAUUAGAAAACUGUUAAAUAGCCAAAGCAUAGUAUUUAUAUAAAACUAAUUUAAUUACAUUGGACUGUUAUAUUUGUUUUGCAUUUAAUAAACUUUAGAAUAAUAAAGCACCAGUGGUCUCGCGAUAUUAACCCAUGCGCUGACUGACGGAUUGUAUGUUAACAUAUCAGUUGUGAUUUCUCUAAGUCGAAUAUAUAUUACCUUACCUCGUAAAAAGUACAAAUGGUAUUUUUGUUAUAGAAAUUGCUUUAACGAUGACUAGAAUACAGAUAUUCAAACAUCAGAAUUUAUAGAUAUCGUUUUUCAAUGUUAUAUCAUAUUAUAAUAUUUGAAACAACAAUAUAUCUUUUUAAUGUUUAUAAUAAAAUUAUCUGUGGCCUAUCCAUAGAGAACUCUGUUUGCGGUUUUUUUAAUUUCUAAACGAGUGAGAAGUAAAUAAAGUUUAGGUUUAAGAUGAUGUUUUAUUUCAAUAUUAGAUAAGUUUAAAAAACGUGUUUGAGGCCUUUAGGCAUUGCAAUCAGCGCUUACAGCUACUUACAAAUCGAUACUUACACUUAAUUGCUUUAUUAUCUAGCACAUAGUGAU